UAUUUGUACUGUGGUCAGUUUGCAAAAAAUAUGCGAAAAUAUCAAGGACGACCGAAAAAACAUCCUGGUUUUAAUAAAAGAUCCAGAAUUCAGCGUAAACGUCGAGCUCAAGAAAAAAAUAUGAAAUUAAAUUCCCGAGAUGUGGAAGAUUCCGAACAAGCGGAUGUUUUCGAAAGGUCAGAAAUUAUUGAUACAACUGCAUCUGUGUCAAAGGAGAAUCAUUGCCCGGAUGAUUUUUUUUACAAAGUCCGGAAGUGAAAAAUUUGACUUUUCUACGCCAGAAGUUACAGCUAAUGUUCCUAAGACAAACCAGGCUUUCCUGAGUUCUGAUCUGGACAUUUCAGUUAUUGACUCUGACGUAGAAGGUAGAAAUACAAGCUCUCUUUUGGGCUUGGAGUCUGAGCCUCUUCAGGAGAACCUUAAUGAUGAAUUUCUGUGUCCUGAUUCACCUUUAAUUAUCGAAAGGGAAGAUCGACGAAAGGCAAAUCCAUUACCAUCUGGCAGAACAAUUUGCAAUAUGUCUUUUGUAAUAGUGCAGGCUAGGACAUUAGAGCAACAUUCCCUAAAUUGUAAAUUUGGAGGAUCAUUUAUUUUUAACAAAGUGAUUCGACGUGGUCUUGUCACUACAUAUAACUAUGUAUGUGAUAAAAUUUUAUGUGGGGAAAUGGCAACAAUUUGUUCUGAUAUGGAGAAAAGCAGCCUAAAUCAGCUUGCAGUAUUAGGUGCGUUAUCUACUGGCAGUGGAUUUUCACAAGAGGAGGAAAAGUUUAGCAUCAUGGAAAUUCCGUAUAUGAGCAACUCGACCUUUGCUUCUUGUGAGCGAACUACUGGCAAAAUAAUACAGGGAUGUGCACAGGAAACUAUGUGUGCUGCUAUAGAAGAGGAGAAAAGGCAGGCAGAACUUCGCAAUGAUAAAGAUAAUGAUGGUUAUCACUGUAUAACUGUCAUUGUUGAUGGAGGUUGGUGUAAAAGAAGCUAUGGGCAUGGUUACAAUGCUUCAAGUGGCAUAUCUGUUAUUAUAGGCAUGGUCACCCAGAAAAUUUUGUUUGUUGGAAUUCGCAACAAAGUGUGCCUUAUAUGCAGUGCUAUUGAAGAUGGCAAGAUGCCAAAUAAAGUGCACCUUUGUUGGCGAAAUUGGAAUGGGCCUUCUACAGGUAUGGAAAGCAGUGCCAUUGUGGAAGGUCUGAAUUAUCUCCAGUGUGUUCACAAAAUACGUUGUACUCGACUUGUUGGAGAUGGAGAUGCUAACACAAUGGCCAAAGUGAAAGAAAGCGUUUCAUAUGGAGGACGGGUGAUCAAAGUAGAAUGUGCUAACCAUGCUGUUCGAAGAUAUCGCAGAGCUCUUGAGAAACUUCAGCAAAAUACUGCGCGCUUCCCCGGGGCUAAAGGAAUUGCUGCCCGUAAAUUGCUGAAAAUUAAAAUGCCACUGUUAGUCAGAGGUGCUAGAGUAGCUAUAAAAGCUCAUGCUUUACCUAGCCAUUAUCAGCACACACAAGAAGCUAUUGAUGCAUUAGUAUCUGACUUGAGAAAUGGGCCACAUCAUGUAUUUGGCAAGCAUGAUGCUUGUAGUGCUUUUUGUGCAAAGAAAGGUGCAGAGUUGGACAGCACAUACAAUGAAAUUUUUUCCUCGGGUAUGUUGCAAGCUAUUGAAGCAGAAGUGGGAAGAGUACUGAUAUCGUGUAGCAGUACUCUUAUUUGGAAUGCCACAAAUAAUCCUGCUGAAAGCUUCAUGAGUCAACUGUGUAAAACAUCUGGUGGAAAAAGAGUUGAUUUUUCCAAAGCUGGUGGCAUGAACAGGCGUGCGAGUAUUGCUGUCAUGGCCUAUCAAAAUCCAGCACAGCAGUGGCAAAAAAAUGCACAAAAAGCUGUAACAGGAAGUAGCCCCAGGACUCCAACUUUGAAAUUCUUAGCUUCCAGAAAUAAGCGCCAUGUAAAACGUCUUGAGAGACGUAGACUUUUUGACACUGAGAAGAAAAAGAGAAAUAUGAGGAAAGCAGGACAUAUUCAGCAAGGUGGGGAUAUUUCUUAUGGUGAUUUUCCUGAGAAACCAGACCUAUCAGAUGAAGCAUAUGAAUUGGCAGCUAAAAAUUUUUUUAUAUCAAUUGAAGUUCCAAAAAAAGAUUCUCUUGAGGCCGUAACACGUGGACAGUCAUCAUCUGAAAGAUGGCGUCACGAAAGAUCAAGAAGAAUAUCAUCAUCCUUUUUCAAAGAUGUUGCUGAUAGGCGUCCAACAACACUCAGUGCUGCUUUAGUGAAACGUAUCAUAUAUAAUGAUAACGUUUCAACUAAAGCAUUAAAGUAUGGCUUGGCUAACGAAGCAGUAGCCUUAAAUCAAUACAAGGAAAAGCACAUGGGAAAAAACAUCAGACGUUGUGGCCUUUUUAUUGAUCCUAAAUAUCCCUUUCUUUGUACUUCGCCAGAUGGAUUGAUAGACGAAGAUGGAUUACUUGAAAUAAAAUGUCCUUAUACAGCCAGAUUCUCAGCAGACUUGUCAGACUUUUUCAGCAAGCCUAAUUCUGUUGGUCUUCGGAUGGAUGCUGAUAAUAAUCUUUAUUUACCGAAAAGCCACAAAUAUUAUUUUCAAAUUCAAGGGCAGUUAGCCAUAACAGAGAGGAAUUGGUGUGAUUUAUAUAUAUGGUGCAGAGAAGAUGCAAUCACAUUAAGAAUACCCGAAGACAAAACUUUCUGGAUCAGUUUAGUUCCAAAACUCGAAAAAUUUUACGUGAAUUGUAUUCUUCCUGAGCUUGUUGAUCCAAGAGCACCAAGAAAAAUGUCUCUUAGAGAACCGAAGUAUAUUGUUGAUGCUAGAGCACAGAAUGAGAAACAAAAACAGGCCACUGCUUCUGUAAAACAAACACAAGAAAAAAGAGAAAUUGAAAUUUCAGAAGCAGAUAAAAUUAUUUCAUCUCCUAGAAAGAAUGCAGGAGAGAAAAGAAUCAGGAAACCAAAAAUUAUUUUUGAUUUGUAAUCAGUAACAAGCCAAGCCAGCACACCGUAACAUUUUCUACGUCUGAAUAAAAACUAUGCCUGCAACAAAGCAUUAUGAUUAAAUCCAUACCUAAUUAGAAUAUUACCCCAUUUCUCUAAAAAAAUAUGUUCAAAAAGUCUCUGCUUUCAGUAAUAGAUACGUCUGAUCAAUUCUGCCAUAAUUCUGUAAUCAAUACUUGAAGCUAGAAUCUCCUGUGCUGCACUGCCAUUGCAUCUCUUUUCUGAAUGUUUCAUCAUCCACUUCUCAUUCUAAAUAUUCCUGUGUGCUUUCAUUUAUAGCUGCUAACUUGUUGUGAACAUUUUCUGCACCACAUGUUAUAUUUUGCAGUGUAAAUAAUGCGUGCAAUCAUAUAUUUUGGUUUUAAUCAUCAGUAACUUUGGUAAAACUACAUUUAUGCAAAGAAGACUUCCAUAAAGUCACAGUUUCUGUGAAAAAGAAAAUAAGUUUGAUGACCUCUGUCAUAAUUCAAUAAAUAAUUUUUUAAAAUAGCAUCACCUGUGCUGCACUAACAUUGGAAAAAAUUAAAGUCAUCUCUUUUCUGAAUGUUUCCUCAUGCACUUCUGUUUCUAAGUAUUCUUGUGUGCUUUGAUCCAUAGCUGAUAACUUGUUGAGAAUAUUUUCUGCACAACAUGUUAUACCUCUGAACUUAAAUAAUUGCGGUAAAGAAGUAUUUUGGUUUGAAUCAUGUGUAACUCCAAUAUAAGUCCAUUUCUCCAAGGAAAACCUCCACAAAGUCACUGCUUCUGUAGAAAAAUAAGCCUGAUGAAUUCUGACAAUUCAGUAAUCAAUUUUUGAAGAUUACAUCUUCUGUGCUGCACUGCUAUUGCAGCAAAUUAAAGUCAUCUCGUUUCCGAAUCCACUUCUGUUUCUAAGUAUUCUUGUGUGCUUUGAUCCAUAGCUGCUAACUUGUGAACAUUUUCUGCGCCACAUAUUAUACUUCGCUAUGUAAACAAUACCUGUAAUGAUGUUUUUCGGUUUCAAUCAUCAGUAACUUCUGAAUAACCACAUGUCUGUAAAGAAAACCUCCAUAAAGUCACUGCCUCUGUAGAAAGCAAAACAAGUCUGAUAAACUCUGCCAUAAUUCAGCAGUCAUUUUUUGAAGAUAAUCUCCUGUGCUGCACUGCCACUA